GAGCGGCUGCUGAGUCUCCUAGGGGCGGGGGGAGCCUUCUCGCCCGGGCCGGGCUGUCGCCUGGGUCUCCGAGGGCGGAGCUGGGCUGCGCUGGACGCUGACGUCCUCUCUCUCCGUCUCAUGCUCUGACGAACCUUUUCCAGGUGUCUGACUUCAGCCGCCUCGGCAGCCAGAUCGUUCUCUGUCGGGGUCCUCGGCUAAGACCGCAGCCAUGCCGGUGACGGUGACCCGCACGACCAUCACGACCACAUCCUCCUCGGCCUCCCCGACCGUCCUGGGGUCGCCUCGGUCGCUGUACCAGCCCCUGGGCCUGCUCCGCCUGCUCCAGCUGCUCGCCACCUGCGUGGCCUUCUCGCUGGUAGCCAGCGUGGACGCCUAUGUCGGCUUCUCGGGGAACUGGUGCAUGUUCGCCUGGUGCUUCUGCUUCGCCGUGACCUUCAUCAUCAUCGUGGUGGAGCUGGGCGGGCUCCAGGCUCGCUUCCCGCUGUCCUGGCGCAACUUCCCCAUCACCUACGCCUGCUACGCCGCCCUCUUCUGCCUCUCGGCCUCCAUCAUCUACCCCACCACCUACGUCCAGUUCUUGAGCCACGGCCGCACCAGGGACCACGCCAUCGCCGCCACCGCCUUCUCCUGCAUCGCGUGCGUGGCGUACGCCACCGAGGUGGCCUGGACCCGGGCCCGGCCCGGCGAGAUCACGGGCUACAUGGCCACCGUGCCAGGCCUGCUCAAGGUGGUGGAGACCUUCGUGGCCUGCAUCAUCUUCGCCUUCAUCAGCGACUCCUCCCUGUACAAGAACAAGCCGGCGCUGGAGUGGUGCGUGGCCGUCUACGCCAUCUGCUUCAUCCUGGCCGCCGUGGCCAUCCUGCUGAACCUGUUCGACUGCACCAACGCGCUGCCCAUCCCCUUCCCCACCUUCCUGUCCGGCCUGGCCCUGCUCUCCGUCCUCUUCUACGCCUCGGCCAUGGUCCUCUGGCCUCUCUACCAGUUCGACGAGAGGUAUGGCGGCGUCUCCGAGCGCAGGAAGGAUUACAGCUGCGGGAGAAGCCACGUCCAGUACGUGUGCGGCUGGGACUGCCGCCUGGCCGUGGCCAUUCUGACGGCCAUCAACCUGCUGGCCUACGUGGCCGACCUGGUGUACUCGGCCCGCCUGGUCUUCGUCAGGGUCUGAGGCUGUCCCGGAGCUCCCGACGCCCUCUUCUCUGCAGGGCGUCUCUACCGGGUUCUGAUCUCCUCCGAUGUCCUCCCCCCUGGGGCUCCUCUCCCAUUUCUGUCCCCUGCUCACCCCCCCCGCCCCCCCCGCCCCGCCCUGUACUCUCUGUCCCCAUCCCUUCCUGCGUCUUUGGCUGCCCACACCCUGUGUUGCCUUUCUCUCCUCACUCUCUCUCUCCUUUCCUCCCUCGUCGUCGUCAAUUCUUUCCUGGCGAUCCGCCCUGUUUGCUUUCUCGCCUGCCUUGUUUCCUGUGCCACUUCUUCCCACUUCCCUUCUCCCGCUUUCCCCGGGAGCCCUGGGACUUCUUGGUCACCCCCCACUGCCACCCCAACUCCAAAGGUGCUGAGCUCCACACCCCACAUAGCAGCUGGUCAGACCCCAGCCCCCCUGCGGGGCCUCAUUGCCAAAGCAUGUGCCCACGCUGGCUGUGCCUUAGUAGGUGUGUAUGUGUGUGUGUAUAUGUGUGUGUGUGUGUGUGUUCUGGGGGUGGGAGGGUAGCUAGCGAGGGGGACCCUUUUCUCGCAGUGGAAGGGGGUGUAUAGUAAAGCCUCCCCUUUAAGUAAAGAAUAAAAAAUCCCUGGAGGUCAGUUAUUUCCAACUAGAGGCCCGACGCACGAAAUUCGUGCAAGGGGCUCGGCCCUCGCAGCCCCGGCUGCCCCACCCACUGGUCAUUCGGGAAGGUCGCUGUCCAGGCCGUCCGGCCGGUCCAGCCUAAUUAGCAUAUUAGCUCUUUAUUAUAUAGGAUGGGCAGGAGGCUUACAUCACAGACCCUGGGUCCUUGGGCCCCACCUGGCAUCCAGUCUCCCCAGAAUUUUUGCCAGGCUUACCAAAACCCCCUGCCCACGGGCUGAUUUAAAGGGACCCAAGGAUCGUGGCUGCCUUCCCUCCUGACUACCCUCUGGGUACCGAGCUGUCUGCAGUAUUUGGUGGGUGGGGGUGUAGGGCAGGAACAUGGGGCUCCGGCCUCAGUAUUGAAAAGAGCAUGUGCCGCCUUUGCUGGGAGGCCUGGGUUUUUUCUUUUCUUCUUCCUGUCACAAGGGCAACAAGUACUGGGUGGUCCUCUCCUUAAAGGGGACGAGUUCCUUUUUUUUUUUUUUUUUUUGGUUUGUGGGUGGGUUGGAUAGGUGGGGACUGCUACCGCCAUAGAGGAAUUGCACCGCUUGAGUGUGUGAGACACGCGUGUGUUUCUGUGUGCCUAGUCGCUUCCUGCCGCCGCUUCCUGCUUCUCUGGGACUCACACGCCUAACAUGAUAUAUAUAUAUAUAAAUGUAUAAAUACAUAUUUUAUUUUAUUUUUAAAUUCCCUGGAGCUUCUGGUUCCCAUCAGCCCCUGCUGUCAAUUAGAGAGGGAAGCCUUGUCCCUCCCCCUGACCCCCACAUCCAUAAUGUUCUUUAUUUUUUACCUCAAUAUAAAGAUAAAAGGAA